AAACGACCAAUCAGGUGCUUCGAUCCAAGCAGCCAGCCAAUGGGAACUCCCUUGGAACCGCACCAAUGGUGGGCUGCCUAUUCAGGCAGAGACGCGUGAGCUCUACCCCGCGGGGACGGAAGUGGGUGCGGGGCCCGGCUGCUGUGCAGUGAGCGCGCGGCGGUGCCUGCUACUCGUCUCCCAGCAUGGCCGGGCUGAGCAGCGGCAGUGGCAGCGGCGGCGGCUCCAGCCUGGGGCGGUGCAGCCACGUCGUGGUGCGGGCGCCGCCCGAGUCGCUGCCCCAGCACGCGCUGCGGAUAGAGAAGAGCAAGGAGGUGGAUUUCGCCCGGGCCGAGCGGGAGUACCAGCUCUACGUUGGGGUGCUCAAGAACAAGCUGGGGCUGCAGGUGCUGGAGCUGCCGGCCGACGAGAGCCUGCCCGACUGUAUCUUCGUGGAGGACGUGGCCGUGGUGUGCGAGGAAACCGCCCUGAUCACCCGGCCGGGGGCCCCCAGCAGGAGAAAAGAGGUUGAUGCAAUGAAGAGAGCACUAGAAAGUCUUAACCUCAACAUUGUAGAGAUGACAGAUGAAAAUGCAACCUUAGAUGGUGGAGAUGUCUUAUUUACAGGCAGGGAAUUUUUUGUGGGUCUGUCAAGACGGACAAAUCAACGUGGUGCAGAAAUUCUGGCUGACACAUUUAAGGAUUAUGCUGUCUCCACAGUCCCUGUUUAUGGCACUUUGCAUCUGAAGAGUUUUUGUAGCAUGGCUGGACCAAACCUGAUUGCCAUUGGUUCGACUGAAGCUGCGCAAAAAGCCCUCAAGGAAUGACUCUUCAAGGUCAGCACAAGGUUCAUUUGUUUAGUAACAGUAAGUAGCCAAUGUGUUCCCAAAUGUACAGCCUAUUAUUGUACUGGUUCUCUUGCAAAUAACGAAUCCAGGCUUUGCUUGUCAGUACUAAAAAAAUCUACUUCCAGGCUGAGAGUAAUGUGGUGAUUAUUACUAACCCGUGCAAUUACAAAGUGUUGUAACCCAGCUGUCUCUCGCCUUUUGGGGAGGAACAGGAAGGUGAAGGAGACUCCCUUUGUUUAGUUGUAUUGGGAAAGAAAUCUUAAUCUUUCACUGAUUUAAAAUGUGGCUUGUUAUUGUUUUAGAUAUAAGGUUUUUGUAUAUAUCAUUAUUAUUAUUACUAUAACCAUAAAACUUAUUUUGGAAAUUAAAGAAUAUUUAUAUAGUGACUGUGCCAGAGGCUUCUGAUCAGGAUCAGGGUCCUAUUGUGCCGGCCAGAACAUGGAGCAACUCUGAAAGAAACGUGGCUCCUACCCCAAAGCUUACAGUGUAGGGCUCUGAUCCUGCAAAGACUUGUGCACUUGCUUAGCUUCGAUGGGACUCAGAUGCAUAAAGUUAAACAGGUGCAUAAGUCUCUGCUGGUUCAGAGCCAUGGACUGUAAGCUCUUUGGGGUAGGAACCAUGUGUAUUUCAGAGUUGUACCAUAUUCUAAGUCUUUGCAGGAUCAGGGCUUGAGAGAGACUCGGAAGUUCCAGGUGCCCCUUAACCCCAGCAAUACCAACAUCUGCUCACCCAACAACCACUCAGACUCCCCCAUCCCACACAAACACCUACCUACCUACCUUAGCCUGAGCUGCCAAAUCUGUGAAUCUCUGUGACCUACCCCCUGCUAUCACUCAGAGCAGGGUCUGAGACUGCAAGCCUAAGAUCAUGCUUAUAAGCAAAUUCUUCAUUUGCAUAAAAUGUCACAUGGAGCAGAAAAAAACUUGCAAAACUGGUAUCAAUGUGAAAUAAUUUAUUUGACCCUCAGGCUGAAACUACUGGACACAGGCCUAUUAAGAGAUGUUCUCUUUAACUGAAAAAUGAUAGCAGUCACUACACGUAGCUAUAAGAUAACAGUCCACACCGACCUGCAGUACCACACCCCCUUUUACUUUCUGUGAAACCAAAUGAAAAUGGCUUUGGUUGCAGUGCAUUGACACUCCUGAUUCUGUAUCCCUGACAAUCUAGCCUACAUGAAGUGCUAUGUAAAUUCCCCCACGUGAGUUGAUCUGUAUGCCCUGUCCCAAAUAAUCAGGCUCAAACUCCAAAGGCAUCACAUGGAGCAACCUGAUAAAUCUUGCAGAUACUCAGCCACAAUAAAAUACUACUUUGGACGAUUUAUAAACACUAACAAAAUUCAAGCACAAUACUAUUUUCUGACAGUUUCAAUUUGAACUCAAGCCAAGACUAAUUUGAGUACUCUUCAGUUUGAUUAAAGCCAUUUGCACAGCUCUGCUAAUCAUAUUGCAGUGCAUCAAUUUAGCUAUUGAAGCUAAAAUAUAUUUGUAGAUAAGAUGAUAAAUAAAUUGAGUUUGUAAAGUACCAGCCAUGUAAAUAUUACCAGCAGUUCAGAUACAGCAAAAUGCAGAGUAUUCGUAAUAAGAAACAAUGAUGCAUUUUCAAGCCUUUUAGAGGGUACUAGCAAGGUACCCUAACAUUAAAAAAAACAACAACACACAUACACAAAAACCCUGAAAAAUACCUUUUUAAAUAGUUGACCAUGUUGGUUUGCAUGGUGUUUUUUGGUAUUAGAGAUUUAGAAGUAUAUACAUCUUUGUAUGAGGAUCAGUAUUAAUUAGACAUAUGCACAUGUAACUACACACCAGGAAUCAAGGUUAGAGUGUACUCCUAAAGGAUUGGGACAUAAAGAAGUUCAUACAAGUAUUACUGAUAAGAAAAUUCAGUGUUUCGUAGGACAAAAUGUUAAGUGUGUGCAGCUUAAAUAAUCAUUGCCACAAACUUAAGUUGAACUGAAAGCAUUUGAUCUAAGGCAAAAAUUUUAAAACCUAGAUCUUGAAGUUAGGCAAGUAGGUCCUCUUAGAGACACCUGAAUUAAGGAUACUAUCCUGAAAGUUGCUGAAUCCCUCUGAGGUUUUGAGGUCCCAAUUCCCAGCAUUACUUCAAUGGUAGCUGUAGCUCCUGUUGACUUCAAUAGGAGUCAUGAGUGCUCAGCACAUCUGAAAACCAGGCCGCCUUUGAAGCUAGUCCUGCAGGGUGCUGUGGGUGGACCCAAAGUUAAUUGGAAUAAAUGAAGACUUUCCACUUACUUCAGUGGGCUUUGUAUCAGGCCCUGGAAGGUAAUUUCCCAUGAAAGUGCCAUUGGAAGCUGAGGGUACUCAGCACCUCACAGAAGCAGUGAGCACAUUUUAGGCCCUUUGUUAGCUGCUUAAAUGUGGAUUUAUUUCACCAAAUUUAUUUUAAAACAAAAACAAGUAUACGCUGAGCACCUAUCCCAUAAAUAAGAAAAUACAUAAUAGAAUAAUAUAAAGACCUGCCCAUAUCUAAGUAAAUAUCCAUCAAACUCUUUCAAAAAGCCUAAGAGUUUUUUUUUUUAUUUUAGCAGAAUGUCUGGAAGUUUAUCACCAAGCUCUGCACCAAGAGUCUCUCUGUAGAAAUUUUGGCCUAAAGUACUGAAUGAAUUGGUCCUGGUGCUUGCAACUAACAAAUUGAGUAUUAUUUAUUCAAGUCAUGUAUUGUUCAUAAAUAAUAAAUUUAGUAAUUUUGAAACAGGAACACCUGAGUUCAGUCUAGCCUUUCCAGGAUGCUAUAUUGUUACAUUCAAAAAACUUUAAAAAGAAAGUUAAGUUUACAAAAUCAGGCAUGGAAGGGUUCUGUCCCAUUGUGCAUCAUAACAGUAUAGGUGGUCUGUGGCAUACCCAGAAGCAGAAUGCAAACCUCCUGGGUUCCAGACCUGUGCUUUAAAACACAACAUCCUCAUCUUACAACCCUCUGUCUCCUUCACUGUCUAGCUCGUCCACUGGACGA